AUGGGGCGUCAAGGAGAAGUCCCACAGGAUUUCAAGGACGCCACAAUCGUCCAUCUUUUCAAGCGGAAGAGCAAUCACCAGCUCUGCAACAACCACAUAGGUGUCUCCUUGCUCAUCAUCGCCGGAAAGAUCUUCGCUCGCAUCCUUCUCAACCGUCUGAACAACCAGCUAGAACAGGGUCUCCGGCCGGAAGGGCGGCGCGACUGCUGCCGUCAUCGCGGGAUCACCGACAUGAUCUUCGCCGUCCGCCAACUACAGAAGAAGUGCCAGGAGAUGCGAAUGCACCUCCACUCCACUCUCGUGAAUCUGACGAAAGCCUUCGGCACGAUGAACCGCGAAGGACUGUGGAAAAUCAUGCAGAAAUUCGGCUGUCCCAAGCGAUUCAUUCAGACGGUGCGUCAGCUCCACGAUGACAUAAUUGCGCGCGUCACAGAUAAUGGAGCCGUCUCAGAGGAAUUCGCAGUGACCAACGGAGUGAAGCGGGUCUGCGUCCUCGCGCCUACCCUCUUCAGUCUCAUGUUCUCUGCCAUGCUGAUGGAUGCCUAUCGUGACGAACGCCCAGGGAUCCGCGUCACCUAUAGGACGGACGCCACCUCCUCAAUCAGCAGCAGAUAG